AUAAUGUAGGUGUAACCGGGAGCUGCGGCGACGCUAUAUCUCCGACUUUUUGUAUAUCAAUUGUACACUUUCCUACGCUCCUACCUAUUCCCAUCUCAUCUCAACCCUGUCGGCCAACUAGGUAGACUGGCCCGAGCGUCAGCUUUGCACUUAUUUGCGGGUCCACUGUUUCCAUCACCAGAACACGGCACGACAAUUCAUGACACCCCAGUCAAUUUAGUAGUCAUGUCAGAAGACGGCAUGAACCUCGCACAGCGCCCGCCAUACGUCACCGUCGACUUCAAGGCCCUCGCGAAGAGCGAUAAAGACUUCAAACAACUAUGGCAGCGCACGUCGGGUAAACUAGAUUUCCAAGAUCCCAGUACUACCCAGGCCCUCUCCAAAGCGAUUCUAAGAGUAGACUUCGGUCUUGAACUUGACGUGCCAGAUGAUCGCCUGUGUCCACCAAUCCCCAAUCGCUGGAACUAUGUGGCCUGGCUGCAAGGUCUAAUCGACUCCACAUCGCCAGACUACUCCAGCAGAUAUGAUCCAAAUCGCCAGGUUCAGGGCUUGGAUAUCGGUACUGGAGCAUCCGCCAUAUAUACCUUGCUGUGCCUAAGAUCGCGUCCAAACUGGUCAAUGUGCGCUACAGAUAUCGACAAGAAGAGCUUUGACUCCGCAGCCCGCAACCUUGCUCUCAACAAUCUUAUGACGCGUACCAAGUUGCUCCAAACCACGGAGCUAAACCCUCUUGUCCCUCUCGCAGCCCUCGGGGUUGAUCGUCUCGAUUUUACCAUCUGCAACCCACCCUUCUUUAACGAUGUGUCCGAUAUGCAGUCCAGCUUGAAGGGUGAGGGAAAGAGCUGGAAGCCCAACGCCGUAUGUACAGGCUCAGAGAACGAAAUGGUAUGUCUCGGUGGUGAUCUUGGCUUCGUGACGAAGAUUGUCAACGAGAGUCUUGUCCUCAGGGAAAAGGUGCAGUGGUAUACUAGUAUGUUCGGCAAAAUGGAAAGCGCAAAGGCCAUCAUCAACCUCUUGAAGAAGCACGGCAUCACAAAUUGGGCGGUUGGUGAUAUCGAUGUUGGGUCCAGCACCAAGCGAUGGAUUGUCGCGUGGAGCUUCGGAGACCUCAGGCCACGAAAUAGCCACGCACGAAUCGGAAAGAUGGCCAAUGAGUUCCUACCGUUCCCAACAUCUUAUCCCAUCGCACUACCACCUUCAGUCGAGCCGCAGACAGCCAAAGACGCUAUCAACACCCAGCUUUCAUCGCUCGAUCUAACCUGGACGUGGGACGCUGUUACUUCGACUGGCAUCGGCGAAGCUAGUCAAAACGUGUGGAGUCGCUCAUAUCGCCGCGCAUACGAACGUAAUCAAAGAGAAGAUCUCGUUGACAUGAAGCAAGAUCGAAAGAUUGAGCUAGCAUUUCGUAUUCGGGUCGUGGACUUGGCACGUGAGGUCGUCGUUGAGUGGUUAAGAGGCACGGAUCAGGUGUUGUGGGAGAGCUUGUGUGGGCUCAUACACCGACAUUUCAAGAAGACUUGAGCGUCAUCGAUGUUGUUCUAGCCUCAGGGGGCGGGCAUGUCGUCUCCGCAUUUCCUGAAUUUCUUACUGGUAUACAGUAGCGCCAUGCGUCAGCCGUCACGUUUUACAUACCCGCUGCCAUCACUUCACUCCAGGUUCAGCAAGGGAGCGAAUCUUUUUCACCGAGUUUGGAAAUCUCCCGUCUGAGUGGUACAUGCGAAAAUUGUGGUAUUGUCACAUCAGCAUGUGUCAGCUUAUCCUUGGCGCUGGUGAUUCCAACCACCCAGGUCAGGACUUUCAUGCCACUGUUACAUUCAAAUAAUCCAAAA